UGAAAAAUUGUCAGAAAACGUCAGAAUUUUUUUCCAAAUUGUGCACCGUCAAAUUCACAGUGCGGUUUAUUUCGGUUUCUUUCGAUUUCGACGAAAACUCGAGGUCCUACAUGAUACAGGGCGAUCGGCAGUCCGUAGAUUCACGAGUUUGAUCCAUCGGACCUUAGGUACUUUCGGUCCCUUCCGGUAGAUGAUAACAGCUAAAUUUCCGAUUGUGAAGCACCCCGAUAAUCUACAGGAGCAUGCCCACACGCUGGAACUACCCCGAGCCCGCGCUCCAGGACGAGCUGCGCAAGAUCGCGAACGCCAUAGUUGCCCCGGGCAAGGGCAUCCUGGCCGCCGACGAGUCCGUAAGCACCUGCGGCAAGCGACUCGCAGACAUCGGCACCGAGAACACGGAGGACAACAGGAGGAAGUACAGGCAGCUGCUGUUCACCACCGACAAGCAGCUGGGCGACUACAUCAGCGGCGUCAUACUCUUCCACGAGACCGUCUACCAGAAGGCGGACGACGGUACGCCCUUCAUCGAGCUGCUGAAGCAGAGGGGGAUCAUCCCCGGUAUCAAGGUGGACACUGGGGUGGUCAACCUGAUGGGGUCCUUGGACGAGUGCACCACUCAAGGUCUCGACGAUCUGGGCAAAAGAUGCGCCCAAUACAAGAAAGACGGCUGUCAUUUCGCCAAGUGGCGUUGCGUCCUAAAAAUCGGCGAACACACCCCUUCCUACCAGGCCAUCUUGGAAAACGCCAACGUUUUAGCCCGCUACGCCUCCAUCUGCCAGUCCAACCGCAUAGUACCUAUAGUAGAACCGGAAAUACUCCCGGAUGGCGACCACGACAUCGAGCGCUGUCAAAAGGUGACGGAGACUGUUUUGGCCUUUGUAUAUAAGGCGUUGGCCGACCACAACAUCUUCCUGGAGGGUACCUUGCUGAAGCCCAACAUGGUGACGGGGGGUGCGCAGUGCUCCACCAAGUACAGCAAGGAGGAGAUCGGGAAGGCCACGGUGGUGGCCCUGUCCAGGACUGUACCUCCGGCCGUACCAGGCGUCACUUUCUUAUCCGGCGGACAGUCUGAAGAAGAGGCUACAUGCAACCUGGACGCUAUGAACAGAUACCCGGGUAAAAAACCCUGGGCCUUGACCUUCAGUUAUGGGAGAGCCCUUCAAGCUUCCGUCCUUAAGGCUUGGGCUGGGAAGGACGAGAACAUAGCGGCGGGACAGCAAGAACUCUUGAUCAGGGCCAAGGCCAACAGCGAAGCUUCCUUGGGUAAAUACGAGGCGGGUAGCGCUCAAGGGAAAGCCGGGGAACAAGGAUUGUUCAUCAAGGACCACGCGUAUUAAGAGGUUGAAAAUUUACGGACAGUGACCUAGCUAUCUUCUUAUUUAUGUGAAACAUUGGCAAAGUGAUGAAGUACCUAUACGAUUUAUAUACGAUAUACAGGGAAAUUAUAGAUUUUAUUUUAUGGUA